CCUGCCUGGGGGAGGGGCCAGCUGCAGCUCCCCCUCAACUGACUUCCCUCCACCGUCCUCCCUGUGCUCAUGCUGGCCCCUUGAUACAGUCCCUGGCACCACCCCAACCCCAUAGAUUGAUUUUCUGUGUGACCCCAGGCUGCUGUCUCUCCCUCUCUGGGCUGUAAGAAGCCUUUCAGCUCAGGAGCUGGGGAAUGUUCAGAAGACCUUUGACUGGGAAAAGGUCAGGUUGGGGGAAAGAGGGUAUUUGGGAGGAAGCACUGGGGGUCCAUCUGAGGUUGGUGCCACUGGGCUGGAGGAAGAAAGCAGUGUGUGUGUGUGUGUGUGUGUGUGUGUGCGCGUGUGCACAUAUGUGCACUAUUUCUUAGGGCACAGUGUGGUGAAAGGAGGGAGGAAGGGAGCAACAGGUAUGAGAACCAAACUUUGCAUCCACAAAUGUGGCUGUGUCUUUACUGGGCAAAGCAGAAUCUUUGUUCUCUGCUGGGUAAAGGGAAAAACUCCUGCAGGGGUGUCAGGGCAGAGAUGCUGUGCGUGUGCACCUGUUUCUGGGCUUGUCUUGGUCCCCAUUCCUCCUGUGCCUCCCUCCUGCUCACUGUGUACUUCAAAGCCCUGAGUGCUCCAUCCCCUGCUCACCUCCUGUCUCCUGGCCCCUCUCCCUCCCCCAUUCCCACCAGUCACCUUCCUAUUCAGCUCACCAAACUUAUUGCUGCCACAGGGCCUUUGCCCAUGCUGUUCCAGCCUUCUGGAAUACUUGUCCUUGUCCUCGUUAUCUCUCCCCACGCUGCCUGACUAGCUCCUACAGGAAGUCUUCCCUGAUUCCCUCUGACCCUACCCUCAAGACCCAACCAGGGGCCAUCGAGCUAACUCCAAUCCCAGAACUUCUUCCACCAUGUCCUAAUUGCUGGGAGACAGCGCCUGCUUGUGGAAGGGGGAUCUGUGGGGUAAACCCUCACACCUCUUCCUCUGAUCCCUGGAACUCAGCACAGGCUGGGCCCAUAGUCCAAGUGAAUGUUUGUGGAGUAAUGAAUGAACAAAUGAAGGAAUGGAAUUGUGUGUGUGUGUGUCGGUGACUGUGUUUGUAUGACUCUGUGUGUGUGUGUGUGUCUAUGUGUAUCUGCUUUAUAUCAUUGUAAGCCUGUGAGUGUGUGUCUCUGGAUCUCCGAGUGUGUCUCUGUGUUCCUGACAUAUGUCUAUUUUCAUGACUGUGUCUGUUUUCUGUGUGUCUAUCUGCAUGUGCCUCGUGUCUGUAUUUCCAAACACAAAGGCACAUAUUUUUAGGACUUUCUGAGGGUGCAUAUGUGUAUCUGCUUAUGUGUAAAUGUGUCUCUGUCUCUGGCCUCCUUGAUGUAUCUGUGAGCGACUCUGUCUCAGUGUGAAUCGGUGUGUGUAUAUCUGCACAUAUGUUUCUGCGGGUCGCUGUGCGUGUCUGUUGGUCUCUGUGUAUCUGGGACCUUAGUUGUGUAUUGGGGCCCUGUGUGUGUGUGUGUGUGUGUGUGUAGGAUCAUGCGUGUGUUUUGUGUAUGUGCCUCUGUGUGUGUGUGUUGAGAUCUCUGGUGUAUGUCUGAUACUCUGGGUAUGUGAGUGUUGGGGGGUGUGUGUGUGUCUAUGCCUGGAUUCGUACAUGCUCCAGUGUCCCUGGGUGAGUACAUAUCUAGGAUCUUGGAGUGGCUGUCCUUGGGUGUGUGUGCGUGUCUGGGCCCCUAGCCGGGUUCGUGUGGGGGUCUCUGAGUGUGUGUGUUUGUCUGGAUUUCCGUGUGUGUGUGUGUGUGUGUGUGUGUGUCUGGGUCUCCAGGUGUCUGCCUCCUGUGUGGCCCAAGGACCCCCAGCCCCCUGCACCUCCUUUCGCAGGACAGCAACUGUCUGGAGGAGCCUGGGCCCCUUCUGGGGGGAGGAGUACACUGUGCACCUGCCUCUGGAUUUCCACCAGCUGGCCUUCUACGUGCUGGACGAGGACACCGUCGGGCACGAUGACAUCAUCGGCAAGAUCUCGCUGAGCAGGGAGGCGAUUACAGCUGACCCCAGAGGGAUUGACAGCUGGAUUAACUUGAGCCGAGUGGACCCAGAUGCAGAAGUGCAGGGUGAGAUCCGCCUGUCAGUGCAGAUGCUGGAGGAUGGGCGGGGCCGCUGCCUUCGCUGCCAUGUGCUUCAGGCCAGGGACCUGGCUCCCAGAGACAUCUCUGGCACAUCUGACCCAUUUGCACGUGUGUUUUGGGGCAGCCAGAGCUUGGAGACCUCAACCAUCAAGAAGACUCGCUUCCCACACUGGGAUGAAGUGCUGGAGCUGCGGGAGAUGCCAGGUGCCCCGUCCCCACUGCGAGUGGAGCUCUGGGACUGGGACAUGGUGGGCAAGAAUGACUUCUUGGGCAUGGUGGAGUUCUCUCCGAAGACCCUCCAGCAGAAGCCACCCAAUGGCUGGUUCCGCCUCCUGCCCUUUCCCCGAGCCGAGGAGGAUUCUGGGGGAAACCUGGGUGCCCUGCGAGUGAAGGUACGCCUGAUCGAGGACUGCGUCCUGCCCUCCCAGUGCUACCAGCCUCUCGUGGAGCUGCUCAUGGAGUCUGUGCUGGGGCCAGCAGAGGAGGACACUGCUAGCCCCCUGGCCUUGCUGGAAGAGCUGACCUUGGGGGACUGCCGCCAGGACCUUGCCACCAAGCUGGUGAAACUCUUUCUUGGCUGGGGACUGGCUGGACGCUUUCUGGACUAUCUUACCCAGCGUGAGGUGGCUCGGACCAUGGACCCCAACACCCUCUUCCGUUCUAACUCCCUGGCAUCCAAGUCGAUGGAACAGUUUAUGAAGCUCGUGGGCAUGCCCUACCUGCACGAGGUCCUGAAGCCUGUGAUUAGCCGCGUCUUUGAGGAGAAGAAGUACAUGGAGCUGGAUCCCUGCAAGAUGGACCUGGGCCGCAGCCGGAGGAUCUCCUUCAAAGGUGCGCCCUCGGAGGAGCAGAUGCGGGAGACCAGCCUGGGGCUGCUGACGGGCUACCUGGGGCCCAUCGUGGACGCCAUCGUGGGCUCCGUGGGGCGCUGCCCGCCCGCUAUGCGCCUCGCCUUCAAGCAGCUGCACCGGCGCGUGGAGGAACGCUUCCCUGAGCCAGAGCACCAGGAUGUGAAGUACCUGGCCAUCAGCGGAUUUCUCUUCUUGCGAUUCUUCGCGCCCGCCAUCCUUACCCCAAAGCUGUUUGACCUGCGGGACCAACACGCGGACCCCCAGACCAGCCGCUCACUGCUGUUGCUUGCCAAGGCUGUGCAGAGCAUCGGAAACCUGGGCCAGCAGCUGGGCCAGGGCAAGGAACUGUGGAUGGCCCCCCUGCACCCCUUCCUGCUGCAGAGCGUCUCACGUGUGAGAGACUUCCUGGACCGGCUGGUGGAUGUGGAUGGGGAUGAAGAAGCUGGUAUCCCAGCCCGGGCCCUGUUCCCGCCCUCAGCCAUUGUUCGAGAAGGCUAUCUGCUGAAGCGCAAGGAGGAGCCCGCCGGCCUGGCCACGCGCUUUGCCUUCAAGAAGCGCUACGUCUGGCUCAGCGGGGAGACCCUCUCCUUCUCCAAGAGUCCUGAGUGGCAGACGCGCCACUCCAUCCCCGUGUCGCACAUCCGCGCCGUGGAGCGCGUAGACGAGGGCGCCUUCCAACUGCCCCACGUGAUGCAGGUGGUGACGCAGGACGGCGCGGGGGCGCUGCACACCACCUACCUCCAGUGCAAGAAUGUGAACGAGCUCAACCAGUGGCUCUCGGCCUUGCGCAAGGCCAGCGCCCCCAACCCGGACAAGCUUGCCGCCUGCCACCCCGGUGCCUUCCGCAGCGCACGCUGGACCUGCUGCCUUCAGGCUGAGCGCUCAGCCGCCGGCUGCAGCCGUACACACUCAGCUGUCACCCUGGGGGACUGGAGUGACCCACUGGAUCCCGAUGCUGAGGCCCAGAUGGUGUAUCGGCAGCUGCUCCUGGGGCGGGACCAGCUCAGGCUGAAAUUACUGGAGGAUUCUAAUAUGGAUACAACUCGGGAGGCAGACACAGGGGCCUGUCCUGAGGUCCUGGCCCGGCAAAGAACAGCAGCUGCCCGCCUGCUGGAGGUGCUCGCAGACCUGGAUCGUGCCCAUGAGGAGUUCCAGCAGCAAGAGCGAGGGAAGGCGGCCCUGGGCCCACUUGGCCCCUAAGGAAAUGCCACAGCUAGUCCGGAAGGAGGAGCAAGGAGGUGGGGGGCCCUCUCCUCGGCGCAUCCUGCCCCAGGAAUCUCCUGUCUCCUUGUUCCUCUUUGAUUCUGUGGUUUGGAGGCUCCCAGAGAUGUACCUAGUCCUGUGUGCCUUGAGUCCAGAACUCAGGGCAUGGAAGUCCUUUGGCAGGGGCCAGCUUUGCACUGAGUGAAUCUCGCUCUCUGGGUUCAGACUGGAGUGGAUAGGAUAAGGAAUCUGACUUAUUUGACUGAGACCGGGGUCUCUGCUUCACCAAACUGGCCUCUAUCCAUACCAAGGAGGCCAGCCUGGCUCUGAGCUGCUGGAUACAGCUGGACCUGAAUUCCUGAAGCCCAUGUGAUGUUGUUGCCCCAGAUAGGCACUAAAUGGGCUCACUCCUUCCUGUUUUUGUGUCUGCUAAUCCCUAUAACCUCACUGAUUCUUCUGUACCCUGCCCUUGGCCUAGGACCCCAACCACAAGCUUCCAGAAUUAGGUACCCUCAGGAAGAACCAAGGCUGGGUGGGGGUCCAGUGUGCCACACUCAGACCCUUGGAGCCUGGGAGACCUUGGGCCAGGCUCUUUGUCUCUCUUUGGGUCUCAGAUUACUCUGUAUAAAAAGAGGAAGGAAAGUCUA